GUGGUACUCUACCCUCUCCAGACCCCACUAGGUGGGAAUACACUAGGUAUGUUGUUGUUGUUGUUAAAUGAUAAAAAGACAAGGAGGUUAUUUUGCAAAUUGAUAACUCAAGGAGGCUUAUCUGCCAAAUUUUCUCGCACUUCUACUAUUUUUUCCCAAAAUAGAAAAUCGACUAAAGGAGCUGAGCAUGGAGGAUUCCGACGAAGAACCACCACUCGCCGUUAAAAUCAACGGCGACGUUAAUUCAAAUCAACUAACGGAAACCUCAGAGAUUCCACCCGUCGGCGUUACCGUUAUCACUGGUUAUCUCGGUUCCAAAAAAUCCACCUUGAUCAAUUACAUAUUGAAAGCGCAACAUGGGAAGAAAAUAGCAGUGAUACUUAAUGAGUUUGGGGAGGAAUUAGGAGUUGAGAGAGCAAUGAUAAAUGAAGGGGAAGAAGGUGGGCUCGUGGAGGAAUGGGUAGAGCUUGCAAAUGGCUGUAUUUGUUGUACUGUGAAGCAUAGUUUGGUUCAAGCAUUGGAGCAGCUUGUCCAGAGAAAAGAGAGACUUGACCAUAUAUUGCUAGAGACUACUGGUUUGGCAAACCCUGCACCUCUUGCAUCUGUGCUUUGGUUGGAUGAUCAGCUGGAAUCAGAUGUUAGGCUUGAUUCCAUUAUUACUGUUGUUGAUGCAAAGAACCUUCGGUAUCAGCUAAAACCAAAUCCCGACUCCUCUUCAUUUCCUGAAGCUUAUUUACAAAUAGCAUUUGCGGAUGUUAUCAUUCUUAACAAGGUUGAUCUAAUUUCUCAAGAUGACUCGGGAGCGGUGCUAGAGGAACUGGAGGAGGAAAUACGUGAUGUUAAUUCCCUUGCGAAUAUCAUUCAUUCUGUGCGUUGUCAAGUUGAUUUGUCAAAGAUAUUAAACUGCCAGGCAUAUGAUCCUACUCAUGCUGCUCAUCUUGAAGCGUUGUUAGAGGAGAACAAAUCUCUUACUACAAAAGGCCUUCAUGACAGUGAAGUCAGAACAUUGUGCAUCUGUGACGCACAGCAGAUUGAUCUUUAUAAGGUUCGUAUAUGGCUUGAGGAGCUCCUUUGGGAUAAAAAGUAUGGCAUGGAUGUUUAUCGUUGCAAGGGAAUUUUAAGAGUAAGAAACUCGGAUGAGCUCCACACUUUACAGGGUGUGAGAGAAAUAUAUGAAAUUGUUCCAAGUCGUAAAUGGAGAAAUGAAGAGAUUCAGAUGAACAAAAUAGUAUUCAUAGGUCGGUUUCUGAAUGAAGAGAUCCUUCUGCACUCAUUACACAAUUGUGUCGUUGGAACUGAUUGACUCAAUAGAAUUUGAUCAAUCCUAUUUUCUGUCGUUAAGAGGGAAAACUAAACCAAGAAAACUAGUUCUCUUCAUCGUCAAUUCAUUGACUGGUGUUUCUCCUUCUCACCAUGAGAAAAUGUCGAUUGGCUGUCGUGCUAAGAAAUUCCUGCAGUUCUUGUAGCAGAGAAGUAGCUAGAUGCACCCCGCGCCCUCUUCAUACAAACCAAUUGCAUGGUUCACUCUGGAAUCAGUUUGGACAGCGAAUGUGCAUUUGAAAGUUCAGUCUGCUCAUUUGAAACUUUGAUAGUUCCUUGUAUAAAAAGUUGAAACUGUUACAAGUACAUAAAUCUGUUGAAAAAAAGUAUAGGCAUCACUUCUGGUACACUGUUGGUUGGAGAAUUUUUUUAAUUUCACCUGCAAAUACUUAAUUUCUUCGGUGAA